CGGCCCCGCUAUUCUCUCUCUCUCUCUUAACCGUGCGGAGGAUCAAACUUCAUUUCUCAUCCUUGUUAUUUUUUCGGAAUCCCAAUUUCCCGUGCCCCGCUGUCCAUUGUUCAUAUCUUUGCCCGCUCCUCCCCCCCCUUUUUCUCCCCUUUUGGGCCUUUUUUUUUCAUUCUACUUACACUGUCAGUUAGCCUUCUUUAUCGGUCAUGGAUGAACACGAACACGGUCAUGAACAUGCCAGUGGCAUGGGUCACAGUCAUAACCUAGAUCCCGCCUUAUUCUCGGAGUACGCCGCCACCAACGAACCCAUCGGCACCAUCAUGACGCUUCACAUGCUUUUGGAUUCAUGUAUCCACUCGGCCUGGUACUUGGGUUGGUGAAAAACAAAUGGCAUGUCCCUGUCCAGAUCCUGGCCACUGCUACCUUUGUAGCCGGAUACUUUCUUGCGCACGCGCAUUCAGGACGCAACUAUGAACCUCAUAUUGCUCAUCGCUGGUUUGCUUACAUUGUGAUUUGGGCCAUCGUUAUCCAGUUCUGCGCCGGUGUUUACCUGAAACUGCACUUGGAAAAAGGAAUCCAUGGCCGUAUUCGACCGGCAUUCAAAUUAUUGCAUCGCUACUGUGGUAUCUCUGUGCCUAUUGUAGGUUAUGUCCAAAUCAUGCUUGGCGUCAUUGCCAGUCUCGGAUUUUGUUACGGAGACCACACGGGACAAUGUCUGGCCCAUUUUAUCAUGGGAUCAUCGUUUGUCGCUUACGGCAUCUUGUUAUUGUUAUCGUUGCGUGUGGGUGGGCCCUGGUUACUUCGGCAACAAAAAAGCCCCGAAUGGUACGAUAGCUGGGUUAUCAUGCUUUGGGGUAUCGUCAAUACAUUUACCGAACAUCGAUGGGGUCAGGAAUGGAAUCACGGCGACUAUCAGCACACAUCCAUGGGUAUCAUCUGGUGGAUCGCUGGUAUGGUGGGCAUCGUGUUGAGCCGAAACGGUAAACGUACGGUCGUACCAGCCGUAUUGAUUAUUUUGACGGCCGUGGCUUUCCAGGGCCACGCGCAGCACGUUCCUAACAGCGGCCAGAUCCAUUCAUACUUUGGCUACAUGUUGAUGGCCGGUGGACUCAGCCGUAUCAUUGAAAUUUGCUUUGUCUGGAAAGAAGGCGAUUUUAGCAUUACCCCUUGGCAAUAUCUGCCACCUUUGACAUUGAUGCUCUCUGGAAUGCUUUUUAUGGGAUCGACAGAGGAACAGUUGGGUUAUCUGUCGAUAAUUGGUGUCGACAUCAGUUCGUACAGCAACAUUUUACUAUCGUUUGGUUUUGCCGUCUUCUUAUGGUCGUUUUUGCUCAUUGCACUGUGGGAAAGACUGUCGAAUUAUGAUCCUUCCACGGCCUCCCGACAAGGCUACACCGAAGUGGCCCGUCAACAGCAAGAUGAAGAAGACCGCCACAUCAACACCUUGCUGCAUGAUAACGGCUCUGGAUUCCUCGACGACGAUGAAUUUGAUGACGAUGCCGUUCAACUCAAACCUCGAAGCCAAGGCCCUGCUUUAUAAAGCACUCGCGCAAUCUACGAUUUUUUUUCUCCAAGAUUUCCCUAUUUUUUUCAUUGCACACAC